AUGCAGUUCAGAAAUCUUUCUCUCAUCGCUGCUCUCCUGACAGGUGCACUGGCACUGCCUGUUGCAAACGAGACUCCAGCCAAAAUUGCCUACGAUGAGUCGGCAAAAGUUGCGUAUGACGACUCGGCCAAGAUUGCUUAUGAUGAGAGAGAUGUGCCUGCGAAGAUCGCAUACGAAGAGUCUGCCAAACUCGCUUACGACGAGUCGGCCAAGGUCUCUUAUGAUGAUUCUGCCAAGCUUUCGUACGAUGAGCGCGAUGUGCCUGCGAAGAUCGUGUACGACGACUCGGCCAAGAUUGCCUACGAUGAAUCAGCCAAGGUCUCCUACGACGAUUCUGCCAAGAUUUCGUAUGACGAGAGAGAUGUGCCUGCGAAGAUCGCGUAUGAAGAAUCAGCCAAGGUGGCUUACGACGAAUCGGCUAAGGUUUCCUAUGAUGACAGCGCCAAGAUUGCCUAUGAUGAUUAUGCAACCACCCUCGAUGUGGUACCAAUCACUGAGACUACACCCGAGCAACAAUCUCUAUACAGAUACCUAGAAACGUAUGGACUCGAGCUGGCGGAUGAGGACUAUGUCCGCUGGACCAAAACAAAUCCAGCGCAUCCCCGAAAUUGGUCCGCAUGGCGGAAGACCUACGACUUUGGUCUUCUGAUCUUCCUGGAUUUCUUCACCACGGUAAUCAGCACUGCGGGGACUCCAGCCAGCGAACAGGCACGCCGCGAACUAGGGAUAGGAAGGUCUCUUUCGCUCUUCAGCUUUGUCACAAUAUACAUGUUAGCGCAAGCCAUUGGCGGAGUUUUCUUUCCUCCAUACUCGGAAUCCUUCGGCCGAAAGAACCUAUUUGUGAUCUCGACAGGAGGUUACUGUAUCUUCAGUAUUUUGAUUGCCACCGUCCCCCAUACUGGGAUGGUCCUCGUCGGCCGUUUUGUAUGCGGCCUAGCAUCUGCGUUGCCAACAAUCGUAAUUGCCGGCAGUGCUGAGGACAUAUUCGAUGUCGGUCGAAGGAUCUGGAUGAUCUACUUGUGGGCAGUCGCAGCCAAUGUGGGUAUCUGCAUGGGGCCCAUCGUGGGUACAUUCGUCACGAUGUCGAUUGGCUGGAAAUGGAUUUUCUACCUCUCUGCCAUCGUGACGGGUGUCUGGUUCUUCUUACUGCUUGCCAUCAAAGAGAGCAGACCAAGUCAACUCCUCAGCAAGAUCGUUGACGACGUGCGCAAGGACUCUGGUGACACAGUAAACCUCAAGAUCCGAAAUCCCGACCACGCCCCUGAUUUUGGGAUCUUUGCUCAAGUAGCCCUAAUUCGCCCCGUCCGUCUCUUCUUCACCGAACCCAUCGUCUUCCUGUGUUCCGUCCUCAGUGCAGUGGCAUUCGGCCUUCUCUAUCUUUUCACGGAGGCCUUGCCCGUGGUCUACGAUUCCUUCGGCUUCACACCCGGCCAAUCCUCUCUCUCCUUCAUCCCUCUCGCUCUCGGAAUCUUCAGCGGCACCCUAACCCGCCUCUACGAUCUGCGAAUAUACAAACGCCGGCUCCAACAAUCCCGGCCCCUCGAACCAGAAGACAAACUGGCUGGAUUCGCCGUCGGAGCUCCCCUACUGGCCAUCGGCCUGUGGUGGUUCGCAUGGACUAUCCCACCCCAGGUCUCCAACAUACACUGGAUCGUGUCAAUGAUAUCACUCUUCCUGGUCGGCUACGCAACGAACGAGUUUGACUGCACUCUGGCGGGCUAUAUUGCUGAUAGCUAUACGGUGUUCGCGGCGUCCGCGUUCGCGUCCAUUGCCUUUCUUCGUGCGUUAUGCUGCGCUGUGUUUCCGCUCUUCACUCACCGCAUGUAUACGGCCAUCACGCCCAACGUGGCAACGUCUAUACUCGCGGCUCUAGCGACGGUGUUUUGUGUUGGUCCGGUGAUGUUGGUUUGCUACGGAAGGAAGAUUAGGGAAAUGAGCUCGUUCGCUAAGUAUAGUCUGGAACAGUAUAAGCAUAAUGAGGUGGAUAGGGGGCCUGGUUCGAGCGAUUGA